CUUGUGGAUGGUCACUAGUUUGAUUUUUGCAAUAAUUGGUCACAAAGAAGAUAAAGACAAUGUAUUUUUUCUCUUUCACACUAUUAUAUGUUAUCAGCAUGGAAAUAAAAGAAAAAGAGGUCUCAUUAGUCAUAAGAAGAAUACACCAACUGCAGUAGUAAUUAAAGAGUGUGCUAUAGCUUUUUAUUCUCCUUCACUUCAGGUUGUGAUCAUGGCAGCCGAACUGGUAGCUAGUGCUUUGCUUUCUGCUUCACUUCAAGUUUUGUUUGAACGAUUGGCCUCUGAGGAGAUACCCCGGCUAUUCCAGGGAAAGAAAGUGAUAUUGGAUCAGCUAGAUGAGUUGAACACUGUGUUGAUAUCAGCUAAUGUGCUGCUCAAUGAUGCUGAGGAGAAGCAACUUCGAAACGAUGAGGUUAGGAAGUGGCUGUUCAAGCUUCAAGAUGUCAUCUAUCAAGCUGAUGACUUGCUCGAUAGGAUUGACUAUGAAGCUCUAAGAUCCAAGCUUGAAGAUGAUGAUCAGUCUAGCAGCAGUAGUGCCAGCAAGGUAUUUAGCCAGCUGAAAUCUUUGUCAUUAUUCAUGUCUGAAUUUGAUAAAUCUGUUAAGCUUGAUUCCAUGGAGAUCCUCCGUAAGCUGAAGAUUCUGGUUGAUCAAAAGGAUGCUCUUGGCCUAAGAGAAUUAGGUGCACUCAACAAACCUUCACCAAGGCCGCUUGCUCCUCUGGUGGAGGAAUCUGAUGUUUAUGGGAGGGAUGCUGAAAAACAACUCAUUGUUGAUCUGUUGCUAACAGAUGAUGUUGAUGGUGGUAAUACGAUUUCUGUGAUUCCGAUUGUCGGAAUGGGUGGGGUGGGCAAAACCACUCUUGCUCAACUUGUUUAUGACGAUGGAAGGGUUCAAAGUCAUUUUGAGCUAAAAGUAUGGGUUACUGUGUCAGAUGAGUUUAAUAUUUCAAAGAUAACAAAAGAGAUCUAUGAAGGGGUCAGUGGCAACAAAUGCGAUACUCAGAGCUCAGACGAACUGAUUAGAAGGAGAUUGAAGGAAGCAUUGAAGGGGAAGAAGUUUCUCUUUGUCCACGAUGAUGUUUGGAACGAGUCUUAUUCUUUGUGGGACACUUUGAAGAGUUCUUUCGAGUCUGGAGCAAAUGGAAGUAAAAUUGUAGUGACUACCCGAAGCACAAUUGUGGCCUCUACUAUGGCAACUGGGCAGAUUCAUCAUCUACCAACUUUGUUGAAUGAAGAUUGCUGGCAAUUAUUUGUCAAACAUGCUUUUGGUAGUAAAAUUGAUCUCAAUGACUACAAAGAACUACAAGUAAUUGGCCGGAAAAUAGUUGAAAAGUGCAAAGGCCUUCCCUUAGCAGUAAAAUCUUUAGGUGGAUUGCUACGUUCUGAACAAAAUGCCAAGAAAUGGGAGGACAUACUUAAUAGUGACACAUGGGAGGAGUUGUACAAGAAGGAGGGUUCCAUUCUUCCAGCAUUAUGGUUGAGCUAUCGCCACUUACCUACACAUCUCAAGCAAUGUUUUGCGUAUUGUUCCAUAUUUCCCAAAGAUUAUGAAUUCGAAAGAGAAAAAUUGAUUUUGUUAUGGAUGGCUGAAGGGUUUCUGCCAAUGGACACAAGAAGUAAAAAGAUGGAGGAAUUUGGAAAGGAAUACUUUGAAGAUCUUCUAUCAAGGUCAUUCUUUCAACAGUCAAGUAGUAAGACUGAAUCCCUUCUCCAAAUGCAUGACCUUGUACAUGAUUUGGCCAUAUUUGUUUCAAAUGAUUUUUGUUCGAGAUUAGACAUCAGUGAUAGCUUUUCAACAAUGAUUCGGCGUCUGUCAUGUAAGGGAAGCACUUGUGACCUUAACAAGCAUAUCAAUUUGAGUAAAGCUACGUCUUUGCGUACCUUCAUUGCAUUGCCAUCAAAGUCUCCAUAUGAAGAAGUCUCUCCAAACUACUCAGUCAUGCCUACAAAGGGAAGUUGUUUAAGAGUACUUUCUUUAAGCCGGACUACUCUUAAGAAGUUGCCUGAUUCAAUUGGCAUUCUAAUACAUUUAAGGUACCUAGAUUUGUCUUUUACUGAAAUUGAAGUGUUACAGGAUUCGAUUUGUAGCUUGUACAAUUUACAAACUUUAUUGUUGUCACGUUGUAAAAAGCUUUCUCAAUUACCGAAGAAUAUGGGACGACUAAUCAAUUUGCGUUACUUAGAUAUUGAUAGGGUACCUUUGAAAGAGAUGCCACAACAAAUCAAUCAGAUGAAGUCCUUGAAUUUCCUACCAAAGGUAGUAUUGAGUGACAAAUAUAAGGAUGAUGGGUUUAAAAUUACAGAGUUAGCAGAAGCUGAAUAUGUACGCGAAAGGCUUUGCAUUUCAGGUUUGGAAAAUAUUGAGGAUGCAAUGGAGGCUUCAAAGGCUAAUUUAAACAAUAAGAAGGACCUUAAGAAGUUAACUUUGAGGUGGAACAAUGAUGUUGUUGGGGUUGAUAGUUCGCAAAAAGAAUUAGAUGUACUUGAUGCACUUCGACCACAUACAAACUUGACAUGUCUUGUGAUUAAAGGUUAUAGAGGUACAACAUUCUCGAACUGGAUUAUUGACUAUGCGUUUUCUAAUUUAGUAUCAAUCAGUUUGAAAGAUUGUAAAAGCUGCUUCUUUUUGCCACCACUCGGACGACUAGCUUCUCUGAAAGAUCUCACAAUUGAAGGAUGUGACAGUGUAUUGUCAAUAGGUGAUGAGAUUGAUAAGAGUUGUCCUCAAUUCAUUUGUUUAGAAAGUUUAACUAUUAAAAAUAUGUUGAUGUGGAAAGAAUGGUCUUUUUGUACCAAAGAUAUUCUUGGAGAAGGUCAGACGUUCCCUCUUCUUAAAGAACUUGAUUUGUCUGGUUGUCCAAAGCUAAAUGUUGGGUUACCUUGUUAUCUUCCGUCCCUUGAAGAUCUCCAUAUUAAGGAUUGUGAAGAAAUGGAGGUUUUGCUUCCAAGAACUACUCAACAGACUCUCACAGCCCCACCCUUUCUUGCUUUUGUAUUUAUAUCAAAUUGUCCUGUGUUGGAGUCACUUCUAGAUUGGGGAUCACAUCCGAAAGUAGAGAAUAUUUGUUUAUGGAACACAAGAUCGCUUUUUGAGAACCGUAGUAAAUGGGAACUACAGAGACUCCCGUGUUUGAAAAUGGUAAAUAUCGUUGGGUGGGAAGAGAAAUCAUUUCCUGAAGAAGGGCUCCUACCUAUCACUCUUGAUAAAAUUGUAAUCCAAAAUUGUAGCAACCUUGAGAGCCUAAAUGGCAAGGCCUUUCAACAACUCACAUCCCUCACUUACUUAUAUAUUAAUAAUUGUGAAAGGCUGCAGUGCCUACCAGAAGAAGGCCUGCCUAAUUCCCUUUCUGAUUUAGAGAUAUGGGAUUGUCCUUUAGUAAAGCAACGGUGCGAGAAAGGAGGAGAAGAUUGGCCAAAGAUUCAACACAUCGCAAAAGUGGAAUUGGAACUCACCAAACAGAAGGGCAAUUGUUUGCUUGUGUGGUGAGAGACAAAAACACAUCUACUUAAACAUCAUCAAUUCAAAGGCACACCAUUGGAGAAGCGAAAUAAGAGAAAAGUCAAGCUCAUAACUAUUCUGAAGGAAGGACUCAAAGCUGAUUCUGGAGACUGAGCCAGUGAGUCAAGAGGAGAAGUGUUCAACAGUUUUAAUGGUCAGCCAACUCAACAAAAUCAAGAUUUUCCACCAACACCAAGCGUUUCAAGAUCAAGACAGGCCGUGAUCGAAUCAAGAGGUAUCAUAUCUCUAUCUCCUCUAUUUUUGUAAAUGCCAAGUUUUGCAGUUGCUUAUUCCGAGUCAGAGAUAUGUCAGUGAACUCAUUAUUAAUUAACUACCUUUUUCUGCAUAGUGACUCACUUUGGUUGUUAAUUGUAUGCCUUUGAGCCUGAGCAUAUCUAUCUACCUUUGACAUAUCAUAAAUUCCUAUAAAUUGUUACAUUAGUUUUUCUUUCAUCUGAUCAACGAUUCUUAGAGGUUACUGUGCAAUGCAGAUUGGAUGCCAAACCUUGCUAUGUUCUCAGAUUAGGGGAGUGGAGAGAGCGUCGAGAACAUAAAAGAAAAGCGAGAUGGGUACAAGGACCGGUGGGAUGAUGGUUACUAGGACGGAUUCUUAUGAAUUAAUAGAUUUGAAUCCCAUCUAGUUUCUUUUCUGCUUAAAUUCUUAUGUCAAAUCUGAGCUGCUUUGGAUUAUUUAAUCUUGUAUUGUGGAGCUUAUAUUGAUUGGAUGUUUUAUGGCCUUAAUAAUGUGACCAGAUGAUCCUUUAUUCUUGUUGUUA